AUGGUCGGCAAGUGCGAGGUGCAGCCACGAACCGCUGAGGAGAUGCAGCAGGUGCCCCCUGGAGAGUCCUGGAACUGCGCUGUGAAGAUCGAAAAGUGUCGCUGGCUUGAGAGGAGUGGCUGCGUGGGAAUGUGCGUAGGUCUCUGCAAGAGGCCUAUGCAGCGAAUGUUCGGAGAGGUUCUGGGAAUGCCACUUUCGAUGGAGCCAAACAUGGAGGACUUGAGCUGCACGAUGGUUUUUGGCAAAGACCCAGAGCCAUGGGAGCAGGAUGAUCUGCAACAGCAGCCGUGCUUCCGGUCUUGUGCUACAGCCAGGAUGACUGGAGCUUGCCCAAAGCUGUCUUGA